CGGUCUGACAGACAGGUCGACCCGUGGGAGAGCCGACUGUCCCUUGCGGAGUGACUACCUUGCUCCCUCAGCGCACGGGUGGGAUACUUGCUCAACAGCUCACAGACGUCCCGUCAAGGAGCUACACCCCCCCGGCGCGGUACCGGCAACUACCCCGGACUGGGCUGGGCUGGCUGAGGGAGGUUUGCACACACAGAAACACACACACACCACAGGAAUGAUCAACAUGCUACGUGAGCCUCUCCAACAGUGAUGACUGCCUUCAGCCCUUCUGCCCCUCUGCUAUGUGUGUUGGUGUGUGUGUCAGUGUUUGCACAAGCGCUGCAGAGGUCUGACCUGCGUCUGGCCUAUGUGACCCACCACAGCCUCUACUACUGCUCCUGCACCCGGGAGCCGUGUCCCUGCAGCCCCCUGUCAGCUGCGGACUGCAGCUGCAAGGAUGUCCCACUGUCAAUGCUUCACCAACUCAAGUCUCACUCCUCCUCGCCACAUCACCACUCCUCCUCACAUGCUUCAUCCCCGGUUUUCAGAGCGAGACAUCUAACAGUUUGGUACACAUCGCCGUCCAUCACGGCACGCCUGCUCAACAACUCAGAGGUGAGGCACCUCACCCUGAUCCACUGCGGCUCUGGAGGAUCCAAAGUGACAGUGCCUCAGUCGUGGGUGUCCCAGGAGGGAAAUUUUGCCGUGCAGCACUUGGAACAACUUACGGUGGUUCACCUGCAGCAGAGGCCUGAUCAGGGGAGAGAGGGGGACAAGUGUACAAACUCAAAUGCUGACAAAGAGACAGAUAAUAGCAUGCACAAACACACAGAUAGAUACAGAGACAGAAAUGUAGGUGCAGGCAUGGACACAAACUCAGAGGCCCCAGCCUCAUCCUCGCCCUCACACCAGAUCCAAGACAUCUUCCUGGGCAGGGAGCUUGGAGCGGCAUACCAUGAACAGGCCAGACUGGGGAUCAUCCACACCUCGGCACUGGAGUGGGGAGCGCCGGUCAAGGCCUACACGGUCCAGACACACAUAGACAGUAGCGGAGUUCUGCCCUUCCCUGACCUAUACCUGUCCAAGCUGCCAGAGACAUCCAGCAUAUAUGUUACCUUCAUAUACUGAUGCCAGGUUACUUUUUGCGGCAUGUAAGAGGGACACUAGUCCGUACUGUCAUCUUUUAACAUUUUUUUUUUAUCAAUUUAUAAAAAAUUGUUACCCAUG